GCACCGCACUUGAGUGAGCUGGGGCACCCUCUCCCAGGAAAAAUGCAUAUCUGGAUCCUAAAAAUAAUCCUUCUGAUUGCAUCAUCUCUGAGGCUGGUUGAGAUGUAUGACAAUUAUGGGGAGAUCUGUCGAAACCUGUGCACAUGCGAGGAGAAGGAAGGGAUCCUGACGGUGAGCUGCGAGAACCGGGGGAUCAUCAGACUGACGGAGAUCAGCCCCGUCCAUUUCUCCAUGUACCACCUCCUGCUGACAGGGAACCUCCUGAAGAAGCUGUCAGUCAACGAUUUCAUCAAUUACACCGGGGUGACCAUCCUGCACCUGGGGAACAAUGACAUCUCGGAGGUGGAGUCCGGCGCCUUCAACGGGCUCCAGGGAUUAAAACGGUUGCACCUGAAUAACAACAAGAUCGAAAUUCUAAGGGAUGACACCUUGGCAGGACUAGAGAGUUUGGAAUAUCUACAGAUUGAUUACAAUUACAUCACCAACAUAGAACCCAAUGCCUUGAGCAAACUGCACCAACUAACAGUUAUGAUCCUGAACGACAACCUUCUCUUUGCCCUGCCUCCGAAUAUCUUUCGGAAUGUUCCCCUCACACACUUGGACCUGAGGGGUAACCGGUUAAAAAUGUUCCCCUACAUCGGCCUCCUGGAGCACAUGGACAAAGUUGUGGAAUUACAGCUGGAGGAGAACCCGUGGAAUUGCUCCUGCGAGCUCAUUGCUCUGAAGGCUUGGCUGGAGAGUAUAGCAUACACAGCCCUGGUGGGGGAGGUGGUGUGUGAGACGCCGUUCAGGCUCCAUGGCAGGGACCUGGAUGAGGUGUCCAAGCAGGAACUCUGCCCGAGAAGACCCCCAGAAGACACGGCCAGGCCUGCGCCCCCUAGCAGCACUAAUGGAUAUUACCAGACCACACCUGCUGCUGUCACCGCCUCCGCCACCUCCUCGGCUGUUUUUAGAUCCUCCUCCAGGCCUACCAAGGGCACGCGACAAUUUAACAGAACUAGGGUAAAGCCCACGUCCCGAUUAUCAGGCGGCAACCCUCACAACUAUGGCCCCAUCAUUGCUUUUCAGACCAAAUCUCCUGUGCCUUUGGACUGCCCCACAACCUGCACAUGUAAUCUGCAGAUAUCUGAAAUUGGGUUAAAUGUCAACUGCCAAGAGAGAAAGAUUGAGAGCAUUUCAGAUCUAAAACCCAAGCCAUACAAUCCGAAAAAAAUGUAUCUCACUGGAAAUUACAUCCCUGUGGUGCGGAGAUCAGAUUUUGUCGAUGCCACUGGAUUGGAUUUGCUUCACCUGGGAAACAACAGGAUAACACAGAUCCACGACCGGGCUUUUGGGGAUUUAACCAACCUGCGUAGGCUGUAUUUAAAUGGUAAUCUCAUGGACAGGCUUACAGGAGAAAUGUUUUUUGGUUUGCAGAACUUGCAGUAUCUUUAUUUAGAGUACAACAAAAUCAAGGAGGUGGAUGAGGGCGCUUUCCGCUACCUCCCUAAUCUCCAGCUGCUUUUCCUCAACAAUAACCUCCUGAAAACCUUACCUGUGGGCAUCUUUUCCAGCCUCUCUCUGUCUCGGCUGAAUCUGCGUAACAACCAUUUCCAAAACCUGCCUGUGAGUGGUGUGUUAGAUCAGCUGAAGCUGCUGUUGCAGAUAGAUCUGUUUGAAAAUCCCUGGGACUGCUCCUGUGACAUAGUGGGGAUGAAGAUAUGGCUGGAGCAGCUCAGCGCUGGCACGGUGGUUAAUGAGGUCGUGUGCGAGACACCCAAACGCCACACAGCAGUGGACCUACGCUCCAUCCAGUCGGAGCAGCUCUGCCCAGACUACUCGGAUGCAUACGUCUCAUCGAGUACCCCGACGGACGAGCCCAUGGACGAACGGGUCGUCACCACCGCGGCUCCGCAGAAGUUCAACACCCAGAGCAGCACUGUCCCUCUCUCUGUCCUCAUCCUCAGCCUCCUGCUUGUUUUCAUCAUGUCCGUCUUUGUGGCUGCAGGGCUGUUUGUUGUGGUGAUGAAAAAGCGCAAAAAGUCACAGAGCGACCGCACCAGCACCAACAAUUCGGAUGUCAGCUCUUUUAACUUGCAGUACAGCCUCUACAGCAACCGCUCUGGGCCGAAAGUUAAGGCCCCGGCCAGUCACGUCUACGAGUAUAUUCCCCACCCCAUGGGCCACAUGUGCAAAAACCCCAUCUACAGGUCACGGGAGGGAAACACAGUGGAGGAUUACCGUGACCUCCACGAGCUCAAGGUCACAUACAGGAGUACCACAGAUGAGGAGAGGGAUAGCAGCACGAUGAGGAGCCCGGCGUACAGUGUUAGCACCAUCGAGCCCCGGGACAACCCCUCCCCCGUCCAGGAUGCAGACCAUUUCUUCCGGGGCAUCCUGGAUGAUAAGCAGUCGCCCCAUCAGUCCAUCCCGUCCCUCCCCCCAGGUGCCAAUUUAGAGUUCAAGUACACGGGGCCGGUGUCGUACACGUACAACCCCAAUUUUGAUGUCAGACGUCAGUUCUUGCACCCGGAGAGGAUAAGAGAAACAGUGCUCUACGGCACGGCUCCCAGUACUGUCUAUGUGGAGCCCAAUAGGAAUGAGUAUUUGGAGCUAAAAGCUAAACUGCAGUCUGAGCCCGAUUACCUCGAAGUUCUUGAGAAACAGACCACCUUUAGCCAGUUCUGA